AUGUUCCGCUUCACGCUCCGCGCCCUCGCCCGCAAGGCUCCCGCCAAAGCUGGCAGCAGGAUCUCAGCUGCUGCGGGUGCCACAGCUGCCUUCCACACGGCGUCGGCUGCCCCUCAGACUGCGGUGAGCAUUCCGCCGAUUCCUGGCGUGCGCAGCGUCCGUGCGUUCCGCACACAGAAGAUGGAAGCGUUGCAGCCGCCGCCCGUCGCCGCUGCAGGUAAGAAGGCCCCCGCCGCCAAAGGUUCUAAGCACCCCAAGGCAGCCUUGAAUUCUCGCCCGUCGAAGAAGGUCAAGUUGCCGAAGAAGGCCGCCGUGCCAGUGAAGGCGCAGCAGGCGAAGCAGGUGAAGCACUCAAAGCAGGUCAAGGCGCCGAAGAGCGCCGCCAAGGAGAUCUCCAAGAAGGCCAAGUCCGCCAAAGCGGGCAAGUAA